CAGAAAUGGCUGUCCUCGCCCUUCCCCUCAUCCUCCUUCAGCCCCACUGGCCCUGCACCUGAGAUCUCUCCCCUGGAGGUGCUGGACAGAGACACCAAAGCCAUGCAGCUGCUCUUGCUACAGCAGGACACAGUCCCCUCCCCCUCGCCCAGCGGCCACUCACAGGCCAGCUGCUUCACCAACCAAGGUUACUUCUUCUUCCAUCUACCCAACGCCUUAGAGAUUGAGCCCUGCCAGGUGUACUUCACAUACGACCCCUGCAUGGAAGAGGAUGUGGAGGAGGACGGGCCAGGACCGCCCCAGGGAUCUCCUCUCCCAUCUCUGCUCCCUCUGGCUGGGGAAGAGGAUGAGUACUGUGAAUUCCCACCCCGGGAUGACCUGCUGCUCUCCUCCCCCAGCCUGAGCUCCCCCAACACUGCCUUUGGGGGAGCUGUAGCCCCUGAAGAAAAGCCUCCCGUCUCCCCUCAGGAGAAACUUCCCCUACUACCAUCCCCUGACCUGAUGGGCUUGCAGUGCCCCCUGGAGCUGGUGAUGGGAGGUGAUGGAGAGGGGCUGUCUGCUCAUAGCUCAGGGGAGCAGGCCAGUGUCCCCGAAGAUAGCCCCUGUGAGCAAGGUCAGGACAGGGCCCCGGCUUCUGUCCUGUCUCUCAACACGGAUGCCUACCUGUCUCUUCAAGAACUACAGGCCCAAGAUCCAGCCCACCUGGUAUAGACUGGCUGAGGACAGCCCCUGGUCAUCUGUACCGCCACUUAGUCAUCCACUUCUGAGCUCCACUUGCUGCUCCCUGCUGAUCCAUCCAGGAUCUGGGGUGGGGAGGGGUAGUCAGCUCCUCUUCCCUGUUUAGUCAUGAGGUCAUUAGUUUCCUGACCUGCCCUACUCCUUCCUGCUCGCCAUCACAGGGCAGCGGUACCUGCUUCUCCAAACGCAAAUGUGCCCAUGCCCCUCCUUCUAUCACUGAGCUUGCUGCGGCUUCCUACUGCCCUCUGUACCAUUUCUUGUCCCAACUUUUGUCCUGCCAGCACUGCUGAGGGACAGCUGUCCUCAGGGUGAUGUGACUGCCACUGUCUUAAUUAGAACAGCUGUGUCUACCCAAACUGAGAGAUCCUAAUAAGACUGGAUGCAGCCUGUUGACUGUUGACAUUUCCUCUUAGAAGGAGAGGAUGGGAAGGGACUGUCACCGGAGAUUCCAGCCACUCUCCUGCACCUCAUCCCAGCUAUGUGUAAUUCUGCCCUUGGUGCAUGUGUUCCUGAAAGAUGCCGUCAUAUGCAGAAGGGGGAGGAUUGAUUGAAGUGAGGGCUCCAUCUAUGUAGCUAUGGGGACAUCAUCACCUAUUCUGGGGUGGUGUUUUCUGUGAUACAGCUGUUUUGGAGUCACCUGUAUUCCUGUAAGUAAGCCUAGAUGACUCAAAAGUUUCAUCAAGCUGGACUUGAGUGGAUUCACGCCUUUG